UCUCCAACUGUAACAUUCUUGAAUAUAGAGUUAGAGUUUGUGUGGGCAAUGAAAAGCAAAUCAAGAAGAUGCCUAAGCAGAAACGGAAUUACUAUCUGCGAAUGUAGUAGAAGAAGAAGAACACCAACAACUCACUCACCGCCGCUCACUUCUCUUCACUGCUCUUUUUAGCGACAAACGCUUUUCCUUUUUAUAUAUUAUAUUUCUUUUCGCAUCUCCAAAUAUACACACCAUUUUCCGCUUUUUCCGCUUCAUACUACUACUUGUCCCUAACGAACUCCUCCGCCAUUCAUUAUACAAGACGGCGAGAAAUCGCCGGAGGAGCAAGAAUAAAUAUAAAAUAAGGUGGAGGACAGAGGUAGAGACAGAGGCAGAGGCGGAGGAGGGUAAUGAAAGGCGGAGGCGGGGGAUAUUCGGGGAAAAGACGAUGGAGGUGUUUGGCGAUUGGAGUGCUUUUCCUUGUCGUUCUUUCUAUGCUCGUUCCCCUCGUCUUCUUACUUGGCCUUUACAAUGGUUUUCACUCUACUGGGUACGUUUCUGAUCGAGCGAGUUCGAGUUCUGGUUCGGGUUCGGGUUCGAAUCAGAAUGAUGCAAGAGUUGAUCAGGGGACUCGUCCUGUAGCCAAUGUUGAGAGGAAUACAAGGGACAAAUCCAAUAUACAGGAAAUUAUAGAUCGUUUUGGGCCAACCCUUCCACAUCUAGAGAAUGCUUUUAGAAAUCAUACAAAUGAAGCAACAAAUGUAAGUAGCAAUACAGACUUAAAGCGUGAUGGCCAACAACAACAAAGAGGUACCCCAGUGCCAUCUCAUUCUUUGCCACGACCACUAAUUGUUGAACAGCGUGAUAAAACUGUUAUACCCAAAAUAACUAAGCCCAAGAAAAGUGUAGUUGAGGAAAGCGAAAAAUUAUGUGAACUUAGAUUCGGGAGUUAUUGCCUAUGGCGUGGAGAACAUAGAGAGGAUAUGAAGGAUGCUAUGGUGAAAAAAUUAAAGGACCGGCUUUUUGUAGCUAGAUCAUAUUAUCCAAGUAUUGCCAAGCUUCCAGCACAAAACAAGCUAUCUCAAGAAUUGAGACAUAAUAUUCAAGAUUUUGAGCGAGUUCUCAGUGAAAGCACAACAGAUGCUGAUCUUCCUCCACAAAUUGAGAAGAAUUUUCAGAAAAUGGAGCUUGCAAUAGCCAAAGCUAAAACAUGCACUGUAGAAUGCCAUAACGUUGACAAGAAAUUGAGACAAAUACUUGAUUUGACCGAGGAUGAAGCUAACUUUCACAUGAAGCAGAGCGCUUUCCUCUAUCAGCUUGCAGUUCAGACCAUGCCAAAGAGUCUUCACUGUCUGUCCAUGAAACUUACUGUGGAAUAUUUCAAUUCUUCUUUACGUGAUAUAGUACUCUCUUCCUCAGAGAAAUUUUCAGACCCUAAAUUGCAUCACUAUGUUAUAUUCUCCAAAAAUGUACUUGCAUCUUCAGUUGUCAUAAAUUCAACCGUUGCACAAACAAGAGAUAGUGGGAAUCUGGUUUUUCAUGUGCUGACAGAUGAACAAAAUUAUUUUGGAAUGCGGUUGUGGUUCUUUAGAAAUACUUUCAGGGAAGCUGUCAUUCAAGUGUUAAACAUCGAACAACUUGACCUAGGCUAUCAAGAUAAGGCAUCUUUGUUAAGCAUGUCCCUGCCUGUCGAGUUCCGAGUUUCUUUUCACAGUGCUGAUAAUCCAUCUGGAACUGAUUUUAAAACAGAAUACUUAUCUGUUUUCUCCCAUGCUCACUAUCUUCUCCCAUAUAUAUUCCAAAACUUGAAGAAAGUCGUGGUUCUAGAUGAUGAUGUUGCUGUCCAGCGUGACUUGUCUGAUUUAUGGAAUAUCAACAUGGCAGGGAAAAUCAAUGGUGCUUUGCAAUUAUGUUCGGUGCGGUUGGGUCAGCUUACAUCUUAUUUGGGUGAAAAUAACUUUGACAAAAAUUCUUGUGUUUGGAUGUCCGGAUUAAAUAUAAUUGAUCUUGCUAGGUGGAGAGAACUGGAUCUUACAGAAACUUUCCAGAAAUUUAGGCAACAGGUUGGCAAGCUGACAGAAUCAGUUGAAGCUACUGCGUUGAGUGCAAGCUUGCUUACCUUUCAGGAUCAAAUUUAUGCUCUUGACAAUACAUGGGCUUUGUCAGGACUUGGUCAUGAUUAUGGGCUUCAAGUGCAAGUCAUUAUGAAUGCUACAGUUUUGCACUAUAAUGGAAAAAUGAAACCUUGGUUGGAGCUAGGAAUUCCGAAAUAUAAACACUAUUGGAAAACUUUUCUAAACCGAGAUGAUCAAUUCCUGGGCGAGUGCAAUGUAAAUCAAUAACGAGUAGGUGGUCGGGUUGCUGUGUUUUCUGGAAAAAUAUACCCAUGAGAAGCAUGAAUAUGUAGAUGUUAUUUUUUCAGUGCUGAGAAUUUUUCUUUGAGCUGGGUUACCAAAGGGAAGUCGGUGGCAAAGUAUACCCUUCUCAUAUUUUGGCAAAUAAAAAGACUGGAAUAUCGUUUAUUGUCUUGCAAAGUGGAAGGGAACUAAUGCUUUGAGAUGGCAUAUGCUUCUGUGAACUGAUUUGGCGUAUUGGUUCGAGGAGUGAGAGGAAACAACUCCAUUCUCUGCUUCUUGAUUGGUAAGUCGAGUGGCACUCAAAUCCUUGACAAUAACAACAAUUGUGUUACGACGAAAAUGUGCAACUGUAUGUUGAUUCGAAAAAGUUUCGAUUGCCAUUCAUGGUGUAAAUGAUGAAUGAGAAAUUAGUCUUUUGAUUGUCAUAGUAAGUUAAUUCUUUUCUCA